CAGAGUCUCUUUCUCUUCUCUUCCCUUCUGUUUUUCUUUUCUUCUUCUAUUUUGACCUAACGGCUGUGCCUGUGCUGUGGCUGCUCAAAUCUUCAAUCCAGAGCUGCACCUCUGCUGCGGCUGUGCCUGUGGCUGCCGCUUCCUCAUCGAUUUCACGAUCUCCCGCCCAGGCCUAGGCACACACAACACAAACCCGAUCAAGAGCCGCCACAACCACCUCCAUUGCCGAAGUGACAAAGAUGGUUUACCCCGAAGAAGAAAUCACGAGGCUUUACAGAGUUCGAAAGACAGUGAUGCAAAUGCUGAAAGAUCGGAAUUACUUAGUUGGAGAUUUUGAGAUCAACAUGACAAGAGAACAGUUCAAGAGCAAAUAUGGCGAAAACAUGAAAAGGGAAGACCUUACUAUCAAUAAAACUAAGAGAAGUGAUAGCUCUGAUCAGAUUUAUGUCUUUUUUCCUGAAGAACCAAAGGUUGGGGUCAAGACAAUGAAGACUUAUACUAACCGCAUGAAAUCGGAGAAUGUGCUCAGAGCUGUCUUGGUUACUCAACAAAAUCUGACUCCCUUUGCAAAGACCUGUAUCAGUGAGAUAUCUUCAAAGUUCCACUUGGAGGUUUUUCAGGAGGCAGAAUUGUUGGUGAAUAUUAAAGAGCAUGUGCUAGUUCCUGAGCAUCUGGUGCUUACAACUGAGGAAAAGAAGACUUUACUGGAGAGGUAUACUGUGAAAGAAACACAGCUUCCUCGGAUUCAGGUGACCGAUCCAAUUGCAAAAUAUUAUGGGCUUAAGCGUGGACAGGUUGUGAAGAUAGUCCGACCAAGUGAGACUGCAGGACGAUAUAUCACCUACCGCUACGUUAUUUAAUUAUUUUUAUUGUUAGUGCAGCUUGAUUCUGAAAAGAAGCUCUAAAGGGAAGAGACUGCAAUUAGGAUUUUAGUCAACUUGAUGUUUUGAACUCAAUUCUGCGCAUUCCUCAGUAGUGCAUGUGAUGUUAGCUCGUGUGGAGCUGAUUUCCAGUUGUUUACAUACUGAUGUUGUUGUCACACCACCUCCCAUCUCAAAGUACACUUGCUAAUGUUGUCCUUUGAGACCUUACAUUGAUGUCUGAGGUAUAAAUGGACGUUUUGUAAAAAUUUAAGAACAUGGAUGAAUGAAGUAGGGUUUUGGCUUA